UAUGCGACCGGCAGGGAUCAAGUAAAUUGGAAGUAAUAUGGAAGACCUUUUGCAGGAACUUGGAUUGGAGGAAUUCGUGGAUGCUUUUGUGGCAAACAAUGGUAGAAAGUUCCAUCAAGCAGUUCUGCGAAGGGUUGGGCCCGAUGUACGAUCAAGUCAAACGCAGCCCGGGUGCAACAGCACAACUGUUCGUCUACACAAAUAACAACCUGAGGAAGGCUGAUCUGAAGAAAACAUACACCAUCACCUACUCACUGGAGGGGAGUAACAACAGGACACAAGAAGAGGACACAAUGUACAGCUUCGAGACUUUCUUACUUGAAUGUGAAGCGAACUCAACGGGAGUUUCUUUGAGUGAAGUUCUUGAGUUCUGGAUAGGUGCAGAAGAUAUCCCACCGUAUGGCUUCCAGAUGCCUCUGCUGAUAGAUUUCUACAGCACCACUCCUGGAAUCAGGCAUCUGCCAAGUGCCCACACUUUCAUGCCUGUUCUUUGGUUGCCAGGGGUAUUGGAGAUCCUGAUGAUCUGAGAGGAAUGAUGGUGCAGGCAAUACAGAACUGCCACGGUUUCGGGAAAAUUUAAGGAGGAUAUUAUACAAGUUUAACAGUAAAGAGAUUAAAUUGAUGAAAAACUGCUAAAUUCAAAACUUGUAAAACAGGGGUCCGUGUGAUUUCGUUUUCUUUAUAAAGCAGCUUUGACGUUCAUUUCCACAUGAUUGUCUGUCUACAUUGGUCAACUUACAGCAGAUAAUUUCCCAAACUUAAUUUUUAUGUCUAGUCUAAUUUGUUGAGCAACCAUUCGAAGGGUUGUACACCUUCUGCGACAGUAGAAGGCAUUGCGUUUGAGUGAAUCAACAUUAAAUCAUUGCAGACUGAAGCGAAUUACACAGUGCAUCCUUCUGGUGGCGGUGGAGUUGUAAAUUCUACCUUUAUUUGCUGCAGUUCUUGACGUGGGACUGGAAUACUAUAAUUGUGUGUCCCUGAAAGUAUAAAAAAACACAUAAUUCACUCACAAGAGUAAUCAUCCCUUUACAUUUAUGUACCUGACGCCGUAAGUAAAUCUGCUGGCAUCUUGAAGAGGGAAAAAGAAGGACUUGGGGUUAGUUGUUCUUCCAAAGUUGACACUUGUGCUCACAUGGGAAGAUAUACUCACCGUAUACUUGUGGCAAAAAAUAAAAAAUAUCAGGCUUUGCAGGCAAGGCUUCAACACCUAGGGAUGCCCUGACAUAAUGCUAGUUCCACUCCUUUCGCACGUCAUCCAACUCAGAUCAUUGAAUAAUCCUGUUGAAGCAGAACCUCAGACAUUCCCUGUAAUUCAAUAUGUGGUGAUUUAUAAAUGAUACAUUCAGCGUAUGUAAAUCGGCACGGUAUUAAUUGUCUACCUCGAUGUUAACAUGCUGUAUAAAAGUCUGACGAAUACGGGGUAUCCUGUCCGCCUCCAAGAUUUUGCGACACGUUGAUCAUUCACAAUGCACGAAAUCUGUCGACCAUUUCCACACGCUCAACGAGUCGACAGAAUUCACGCACUGUGAUUGGUCCAUGCGUUGCAAACUCUUGGAGUCGCACUGACGUGAAUCGCCAGUAUUGUUUGCAGGUUUAUCGAAUUACAGCAGGUCAUUUCUGAAUUCCAGACUCGUAAUUUCUAAAUUGUACCGAAUGGAUUUAAAUGUAGACGUAACUAAGCAAUAUUUAGUUUGUGUAUUGUUACAGAUAAGGAAACAAAUUUAACAUGCAGUAAAAUUUCACAAAGGACAUUUUUCGAAAGAAAUUUUUACCCCAGAAUUGUACAUAGAUAACAGUAAGCGGAAAAGUACUUACAAAUGUAGAGGGGAAGUGCAUUCAAGUUGAUCCCGGUUUACCAACUGCCGAAAAAUGUCGACCCAAAAAUGUCCCAUCAUUUCGAAAAGAGUUCGCCAAAUGCGUUCUAUGCGCUGAGAAUGAAAAAAUAGAACAAGAAGCGAUUACAUACUCUCUUGAUUACAGUUAAGGAUGUAUGUUUGUUGGAACUUAUGCAUGUAGAUUGUUGAAAGUCGAAGUCGAAAUGAUGUAGUGAUAAAUCGAAACUCCAUAAUAGUUCCUAGACUUUUUAAUAGAAGCCAGCUUAUGCAGGUACGUUGGCUAUCACGACCCCAACAGGUAGGAUUGCAUGGCAUAAGUUGUUUUACAUAAAGAAAGAUUUGAAUUUAGCACCUGGUUAUAACGAGAGGUGCUCUUUAUUACACAUGGCCCUUCCUGUCCGCCAUACACAGAAUGGAUGGCAACUAGUAUGUCAUCAAUGAAGACAUUCUCUGUCCCUCUAUCCGUUUGGAUACAGCGCGGAGCUCCUAUGAUGUUCAACAAGUACAGGAAUGGAAAAGUGUCAUAUGGAAGCAUGUCAAUACAGUAAAAACUUUUAUGCUACGAUGUUCUGUCUAAGGGUUACAACUCUCUUUUUUUUUGCUUCACGUAGUUCUGUAGAAAGAAAAAUCAGAGUGAUAGCACAUACGGGCCUAUACCUCCGAAAGUAAUUAAUUCAUGUGGUAAUAAUGUACAAGACAGUUGUGACAAACCAAGGAGAGCUUUGUAUUGGCUGAUGUAGUUGUACCUUGAAAUCACAGUCAGUUAUUGUAGUGCUAUAUUUUAAU